UGUCCUCCUUCUCCGAGUCGGCGCUGGAGAAGAAGCUCUCGGAGCUGAGCAACUCUCAGCAGAGCGUGCAGACUCUAUCUCUGUGGCUCAUACACCACCGCAAGCACGCAGGACCAAUCGUCUCUGUGUGGCAUCGCGAGCUCCGCAAAGAGAGGCAGAUGAAGGCUGUAAAAAACCUUUAGAAAGAUUGCUGAACAUCUGGCAAGAAAGAAGUGUGUAUGGCGGCGAGUUCAUACAGCAGCUGAAGCUGUCUAUGGAGGACUCCAAGAGCCCUCCCCCCAAAGCAACAGAGGAGAAGAAAUCUCUGAAACGAACUUUUCAGCAAAUACAAGAGGAAGAGGAUGAUGACUAUCCUGGAAGCUACUCUCCCCAAGAUCCUUCUGCAGGACCCCUCUUGACUGAAGAACUAAUCAAAGCUUUGCAGGAUCUUGAAAAUGCUGCGUCAGGGGAUGCAACUGUUCGACAGAAAAUUGCUUCUCUUCCCCAAGAAGUGCAAGAUGUUUCUCUCUUGGAAAAAAUAACAGACAAAGAGGCAGCUGAACGUCUUUCAAAAACAGUAGAUGAAGCAUGUCUGUUACUAGCAGAAUAUAACGGGCGCCUGGCAGCAGAACUGGAAGACCGGCGCCAGCUGGCUCGGAUGUUGGUGGAGUACACCCAGAAUCAGAAAGAUGUUUUGUCAGAAAAAGAGAAAAAGCUAGAAGAAUAUAAACAGAAGCUCGCACGAGUAACCCAGGUCCGCAAGGAACUGAAGUCCCAUAUUCAGAGCUUACCAGACCUCUCACUGCUGCCCAACGUCACAGGGGGAUUGGCCCCUCUGCCCUCUGCUGGUGACCUCUUUUCAACUGAUUAGGACAGGUGUCAUGCCCCAGAUUCCCAUCUGUGCCAGAAUGAAGAGGGCAAGUUAUGGUUGCAGAUAUCUCUCUGGCCCCUGGUUUUCUCCUGCCUGGCCUCUCCACCUCCAGAAAGAACUGCGCAGACUCUGAUAUCCGAUUCUUCUCUCCAGCCUUUCAUCUCGAGCACAGUUCAGAACAGUGGCCAAUGGAAUCCAGCUUAAAUUCAUACUUGCAAAAAUACAGACUUUCUCCCACUUCAUGUGUUCAUGCUCUGUCAGUUUUCCAUUUUUAGUUCUCUAUUAUACCCAAGAAGUUAUGAAAAUCAUGGGUACUUCUGAAAGCUUUCAGGAGAAUCUUGUCCCUGUGACAGCAUGUAUCGUGGAAACCACCUCCUUUCUGAGCUGGACUUGUCUGAGUUAGACUCCCACUGGGGCUUGCUCUGCAGACACUGUCUUUCAAGUCUACUACCUACGCAAAAGGUUGGUGGCACAGCCUUUGGACAGCUUUGCCAUGAAAAGUUUGCCAAAUUGCUGGCUCUUCCACAUCAUUACUUCUACUAGCAAUGUGUAGUCAAGGCUAAGUGGUUAUUUUGAACAAACUAAAGAAUCCAGAAAACAGAUUCAAAGCUGACCUGGGACGUAAAGUCACAGUUCAGAGGUAAGAGUAACCGUGUUCACAACCAGAUAUAACUUGCUUGGUUCCUAUACACAGCCUUCCUCAGGCUCCAUUUCUCAAGGGCCCUAUCCACUGUCAUAGAGCAAGUUUCUAAAAUCAGGACCCUUUGGCCCCUGGUGGUGGUUAGGGACAGCACUGGUGUCUCCAAAAGAUGAAGACUUCCCCACAGAGGUGUGCUGAGUCUGGGCUCUGCAUGGCUGUGGCUGUGACCCGCCCUUUGGGGAGUAGGGCACACUAUCAGUCCACGGUGGUGACUGAGCUUGGAUAUCUCCUGGAGAUAGGACACUGAGCAUAUCCCUCUGUCAGUAAGUUCAUACCACUGCAUCAUGUUCCCAUUUGAGGAGGAGUAUUUGCAUCAGAUGUUAUUGAAACAGCUCAACUCUGGCAGGGGAUGAGGAAAGUGGGGGAUAUUAAUUUGGGGUUUUAAUUUCAUUAUCAUGCCAUCCGACAUUAUGACUAAAUGAUGUAGUUAGAAUUUUUAUCUUGUGUAUAAUAAAGGGUAAGCCUGCUAACUGUAAAUCAUUCUAAUUUGGCAGGCUAAUUUCUGACAUUGGAAAGGGCAGAAAACAAUUUGCCCCAAUAGUAUAAUAGGAAUUAUAGCCCCAGGGCUGAAAUCUGGAAGCUAUAAAAGAAUUCAGUGGAAGGGGCAUGAACAUCUAUUGUUUUGAGUUGCUCUUUUCAGGAUCACCAAAAAUCACAUGUUAUUUUACAUGUUAAAACAUAACCUAUGUUUUAUGAAGUAUGACAGGCCUCCCUUCCAGAAGCUCUCUUGCCUGUUUUGACAUGAGAACAAGGGAGAGUUGUAACAGGUACUUGGUUUAACUUUGUAGAACCUAGUAGUGUGGAAGCUGCUUUUCAGAUUUGCAUCUGUGUGCCGUUUGCUUAUUGACACUGCCUGUUCUGUCACUGUUAAAUUAAUGAGUCUAUAAAGUUUUCCUCCCAGAGGCAGUAGAUGACUUCACUAAAAUUGCAAGAUAAAUUUUAGUCUUUGCUGUUUGUGCUUGUCUCCCUCCCCAUAUGAUGUGCUGCUUUAAUCUCCCAUACAUGACCUUGUUUCUGAACAGACCCAACUGGGAUACUGCUUUCACCAAGGAGGCAAAAUUUUACCAGCCACAAACCAGCCAAAAGACUAAUCAAUAAUUGCUCUGUUCAGCUAGGUGAAACUAUUGCAACAGAGUGGACUUAGUACACUGCUGUCCAUCCAUGCCUUUGACCAGCAACUGGUGCAUAAUUAUUCCAGCAAGAGCAAGAAAUGAACCUGUAGCAAUUAUGUAAAUGAAUGUGUUGCCCUCGUAACACCUGUUACUAGUGGACUUCCUGUGAGGAAGUUAGUUUUGUUUUGUUUUAAUGAAAUGCUUUUGUUGUUUAAAUCUUAAUUCUUCCUCCCUCAACCUCCCUUUAAAGUGAGCUUACUUCAUUUGUUUAAUUUAAAUGAUCCUUUCUCCUUGUCUGUGAGAGCUGAUCUGGCAGGGUGGGGUGGGUGGCUUUUGGCUUUGUUGUUUCUUCUUAGCGCAUCCAUAGGCCUCAAAGGACCUUUUCUUUAGGUCAUAUUCCUCAGAAAGUUUUCACUCUUCAUUUUUGUUUUGUUUUUCUUAAAAAAUAUUUUUAAAGCUUAAAUUUGUAUAUUAAUUUAGGACUUUAUUUAGAAGUAUAGGCUGCUAUUGGUGGCAGCAGUAUAUUCUGAAAUGCCUCAUAGAUAUCUAUUUUUGAAUAAAGAUGGUGUUGUUGAACAACAUCGUGUGAUGUUUCUUUUCCCUACCCUGUGCCAGAAAACAUGGUGCUUUCUUUGUAAGCAAUGGGUGAUUAAUAAUCACAGUGGAGAAUGUGCUCUCUGUACAGAAUCUUGUCCCUUAGGAGUUUCUGUGACUGUUAGUGGCACAUCAAUACUCUGAACUUACAUAGUAUUUUCUGGUUCUUUCCAGGGGCUUAAUUAGCUUUAAUUAGCCAAUCCACACAGUCCUCAGGAGAGGUGCCUCCAUAGCUUUAUGCUCAUUGUACGGAAGUGGCAACUGAUGGGGAGAGAUUCAAUGACUCUUCCCUAUACCACACAGCUGGUCUCUGACUUCUCUGUGGAAGUUCUUUGAUUUCAGUGGCCUUUGUUCACACCACUAGGCCUCCUGAGAGCUAUUUGAAAUGGGCAGUACAGUGAAAGCUACUCUGAACAGUAAAAAGAGAAAAAUGCAAGAUAAUUGCAAACUCAAACGGUGUUUCUUUUAGCCACAUUUUCAUAGGUUUCCUUUCUCCUUUUUCCUUGUACAUUCAGUGAAAGCAUAUUGGUUAAAACUCUAAAAAUAAUAGAAAAAUGGUUGGAAAUAAGUCCUUUUGAAGCAACUGAUAGAUUUGAAAGGAUCAUUUUAACCUUUCUGCUGAGUAAGGACAACGUUUGCCAGAAGUGAGAUUACCAGUUAUCUUACAAUGCAAAAAAUCUUUCAUAGCUGUGGUCCAUCAAGACAAACUGCAACUCAAAUUGAAAUCCCAGCAUUUGGAAAGUGCACUACCCAUGUCCUGUCUUAAAAUGUGAAGGUUGAAUGAAAUAUGUAGAUCUCAGGAGACAGGAUCUCCUCCUGUGUCCCCAGGUUUCAUGGCCUAGUUAAUUUCACUCCGACCUAUAAAUAGUAAGUCCAUAAUUCCUUUGAUUUAAUUAGUGCUUCAGGCUACAGAAUGACUCUGAAGUCUUCAGAGCUGAAGAUGGAGCUACCCAAGAGUUCAUGAAUCUGUCAGACUGCUUAAUUUCUGUGAUUAGAGCCAUUAACUCUGUGUGACCUUUCUAGGCUGGGUGUUUCCCUCUCUGGGCCUCAGUUUUCUUACCUAGGAAAUGUGCUGGACUUAAUUAUUUCUAGGCUCCCUGCCAGCCCCCAAAGUUUGUGAUUGUUGUGUUGCAUAUGAAGUCUCUGGUAAUUCUGGAUGAAUUCUGUAAUCCUGAGUUCCCAGUAGUGUUUGCUAGAUAAAUGAAUACUGUUGUCCCCACUCCACUGGACACCAUGGAUCUAGACCAAGAGAAGGUGCCAGGACUAGGAAGGUAGGGAAGAGCACAGUAGUUCACUGGGUGAAAACAAUCUGCAUUUGAUUUGGGAUCUUUAAGAAAAAGCCAUUUUCUAACCUGGUUUUGCUCUCCUAAAUUUCUUCUAGAAUAAUUCAUCUAGCUAAGCCAAUUUAUCACCACCGCCUCUGUGGGGUUUCCCAUUUAAAAACCAUUCUUCCACUCAGGCACAGAUUCAAUUAAGAAUCCAUUAUUCUCCUGCACAGUAGGUUGGGAUUCAUACAGCUUUAUGUAGUAUUGAAAGCCCAGUUUGUUCCGUUUUUUAGAUUGAAAUAGUUAUUUUGUAUUAAAAAUUCAUUCCUACCAUGGGUUUGAUAAAUACUAAAGUUAGUGUGAGUCAGUUUAAUUUUUUUAUGAAUAAGAGGCAGCUGCAGCAAGUGAUAACUGUCUUCUGAUCUCUCAUUGUGAUGACCUUGGGCAAGUCACGAAGCUGCUCAGACUGUCAGCUGCUUCAGAAGGAAAUGAGUAGGGUUAACUAGGUGGCCCCUGAAGCUCUUUCCAGGUCUUUUCUGUUUCUCAGCUUCCAGAAUACUCGUCCUCCUGAGCAUCUUAGCAGUAAACUCAGUACCUCCGUAUGUUUUCCAUAAAUGUUUAAGUGACAGUUAUUUGUGUAAAUUCUUAGUUAUGAAAUAAAGCAGUUGCAAA